AUGGCAAACAUGGUUCACAGCAAUCUUCCAGUCUUCGAUGGAAAAGACUAUGAUGACUGGUGCGUUAAGAUGGAGGCGAUUCUAGGGUAUCAAGAGGUUGAUGAAAUCGUGAAACAGGGAGUUAAAGAAUUGAAAGAAGAUGAUACAGCAGCAGCGAAGAAACUUCAGAAGGAAGAACGUCGUCUGGAUUGCAAAGCCAGAAUGCUUCUUCAUCAAUGCGUUUCUCCAACCAUUUUUCAAAAGAUCUCUAAAGCGUCUAGUGCCAAGGAAGCCUGGGAUAUUCUCCAAGAAGGUUAUGGGAAUACGGGAAAAGUAAAAAAGGUGCGACUACAAGCGUUACAACGUCAAUAUGAACUUCUGGGCAUGGGGACGAAAGAAACUGUGAUUGAAUACAUGGGCAGAAUCCAGAAUCUCAUCAAUGAUAUGAGGGCCUGCGGAAAAAUUGUUAAGGAUAGAAAAUUAAUUGAAAAAGUCUUGCGUACUCUAACCCCGCAGUAUGAUCACAUUGUAAUCACCAUUGAAGAGUGUAAAGACCUCGACUCGUUGAAAAUAGAAGAAUUACAGAAUUCGCUUGUCGCACAUGAACAGAGACUGCUUGAAAGAAAGAAUGCUGAGAAAGCAGCUGAGAUACAAGCAACGGAGCAAGCUCUUCAAGCAAGAACGAAGCAAAACUACAAGAACCGAGGCAGAGGCCGGGGAAGAUCGAGAGGUAGAGGUGGACGAAGUGGAGGGAGAAAUACGACCUACUCAGAUCAGAAUGAUGAAGAAAACGGAGAAGAUGAAGGUAGCAGAGGUGGUAGAUGUCCGAGAGGCAGAGGCAGGAAAGGCACAGAUAAACGGAACAUACAGUGUUACAUUUGCAAGAAGUAUGGUCACUAUUCCUAUGAUUGCUGGCACAACGAAUCUGCUACGAAGGGCAAAAGUGAUGAUACUGCAAAUCUGGCACAAGAUGCACAUGACUGUGAAUCAGAAUUAGUGGUAUUAAUGGGUGUUGCAAGUGAAAUUAGAAAAAUGGACAAAGAUUUGAUGUCAAAGGACAUGUGCUGGAAGAAUGUGGAUUACACGUUACCUAUGGACAACAUGACACGUUUGAUAGACAGUGGAGAAAUAAAGAGCAGCUGUUGUCAAUCAGGUGAGAGACAACAUGCAGAUGCAAAAAUAAAAGAAAGAUGCGUUAUGUUGACAAACUACAACCAAGAACAUGUGGAGAAUGAUCAGAGUUGGUAUCUUGACACGGGAUGCUCUAACCAUAUGACUGGAAGAAGAGAGUGGCUGGUUGAAUUAGAUUCAAGUAGGAAAAGCAAGAUAAGGUUUGCAGAUGACAGCAUGGUGAUGGCAGAAGGAGUGGGAAAAGUCUUGCUCACAUGCAAGAAUGGAGAGACUGCCUAUAUGGAUGAAGUGCUAUUUGUUCCCAGUAUGAAGAGCAACUUAUUGAGCCUUGGACAACUUCUUGAGAAAGGUUACUCCAUGAUCAUGCGUGACAAUUCUAUAGAAGUGUUUGAUAAGAAGCAUCGCCUAAUAAUCAAGGCUCCAAUUGCUAAAAACAGAACCUUUAAGGUCAAUCUAAAUGCUUCUACCAUAUAA